AUGGCCGACGUUCUUCAGCCAAACAGGCCAAGCCAGCUGCUUCAGCGACGGCUCAGCCAUGCCAACCGAAGUCAGAUGGAAAUGGCCGGUAUAAUGUCAAACUUCAGCAUGGCCUUCAGACCCGACGCUGCAGCAGCCUUGUCGUUACCUUAUGUCGCCGCCCAGGAGCAACAAAAGCUCUCUAUGAACGUUCCAUCGAUCGCACCUAGUGCUCUAAUGAACCAUGCUGGGACGACAGACAUGAACAGCCUUUGCCUGGACAAUGCUUUCACCAACGCAUAUAACUUGUCACAUGGGUUCAACAACGCGACUUUCGGAAGCCUAACGUGGCCAGUACCCAUAUUAGCAAACACAAACACCAUGGCGCAUCCGUCUAUGAUGCGUAACGAAAGCUACAGCAGCGAUGGAAGCAGCGAGCCUUACAUCAAAAUGGAGGAGGAUUCACCUAUCGACCCUUCUCAAACUUUCUACGAACCAACUGCCUAUGAAUCGGGUCCGGACUCGCGACCAACAUCAGACUCAUCGGAGGAGAGCAAGCCUGCGGUGUUCUCCACCGACAUCGACACUCUGAUGCGGGCCAUUCAGUCCAAGUGCCAUUCCACGGAUCAGCGGCAACCGGAGAAGAGGCGAGCAAGCGACAUCCCCACGGCGAAGUCGAAGAAGCGAUACAUUUGCGACGUGCCAGACUGCGGCAAAGCUUUCUACCAAAAGACCCACCUUGAGAUCCACACUCGUGCGCAUACCGGAAUCAAGCCUUUCAUGUGCAAAGAACCAGCCUGCGGUCAACGCUUCAGCCAACUUGGCAACCUCAAGACCCACGAGCGACGGCACACUGGUGAGCGGCCUUACCACUGCGAUACCUGCGGCAAGACAUUCGCCCAGCACGGCAAUGUUCGCGCCCACAAGAUCGUCCACACCGCUGCCAAGCCUUUCACAUGCAAGCUCGACAACUGCAACAAGCAAUUUACACAACUUGGCAACCUGAAAUCACACCAGAACAAAUUCCACAUCGAGACGAUCCGGCGGCUCAAGGUGCGGUUUGAGAAUUUCAAGGAAGGCGAUGUGGUUGAUCAUUGGGAGAAGGAAAUGUGGGAGUACUUUGGUGGGCUCUACAAGAACUGCAACAAGGGGAUCAAGGGGCGAGGGAAAGAUCGGAGGAUCAGCAAUACUUCUGCUCCUACUGCUUUGAUACCGGGGCAGAGAAGGGAUAGUGUUGUGAGUGCGGGUUCUUCGAACGGUGCUGUGGCGGCAGCACCUUCAAGCCUGCCGCAACAACGGAUGUUCUGA